AUGAACGAAGUAGUUUUUGUUCUGUUUCUUGUUCUAUUAAUUGUUUCGGUUUCAGAUGCAAAAAUAACGAAACCAAAUGUCGAAAACUUCCUCCAAUGCCUUCGUUCUCGUACCAGUCCGAAGAAUCCGAUCACCGAAGUCCUCUAUACUCACGAUAACUCCACCUUCGUGUCGUCUUACGUGUCCUACACGAAUAACAAAAGGUGUUCAAACCCUAAAGAUACAAAACUAAUAGCCAUUGUUGCUGCAAAACAUGAAUCUCAUGUUCAAGCAACCGUGGUCUGCGCAAAGUCCAACGGAAUCCAGAUCCGAAUACGAAGCGGGGGUCACGACUUCGAGGGCUUUUCCUAUAUAUCAUCUGUGCCGUUUGUUAUUCUCGAUAUGCAUAAUUUCCGAUCUAUAACCGCUGACGUGUCCAGCAAGAAAGCUUGGGUUCAAGCUGGUGCAACUUUAGGAGAGCUCAACACCAAAAUUGCUGACGCGAGCAAAACCCUAGCGUUUCCGGGUGGCUUUUGGUCUACGCUAGGAGCCGGAGGACACAUCAGCGGCGGAGGAUACGGAAAUCUGAUUAGAAAAUACGGAAUCUCCGUAGAUCAUGUGAUUGAUGCUCAAUUAGUUGAUGCUAAUGGAAAGAUCUUGAAUCGGGCUUCCAUGGGAGAAGAUCUGUUUUGGUCAAUUCGCGGCGGUGACGGUGCGAGCUUCGGCGUUAUCCUCGCUUGGAAAAUCAACCUCGUCGCUGUCCCAGAGACCUUGACAGUGUUUAAGGUUACCAAAACAUUGAGACAAGAAGCCACUGAUGUUCUGUACAAAUGGCAGCUUGUCUCUAGCAAAUUACCCGAAGAGCUUUUCUUGAGAGCAAUUCCUGAAAUCGCAGAGGGAGCUAAAUCCGGCGAAAAAACUAUCGCGGUUAAGUUCUACGCACAGUUCUUAGGGCCAGCUGCGCAACUAGUUCCGAUUAUAAACAAGAAUCUGCCUGAAUUAGGGCUAAAACGCGAAGAUUGCUACGAAAUGAGCUGGCUUAAUACGACGACGUUUUGGAUGAACUUCCCGGUCGGGACACCUACGAGCGUUCUUCUAAAGAGAACCUCCGGUCCACCAAGAGCAUUUUACAAGUGCAAAUCGGAUUACGUCAAGGAACCGAUCCCAAAAGAAGGAAUGGAGAAGAUUUGGAAAACAAUGUUGAAAUUUAACAAUGCGUUUAUGGAAUGGAACCCUUACGGCGGAGUGAUGGACCGGAUUCCAGCGAACGCCACCGCCUUUCCUCACCGGAAAGGAAAUUUGUUCAAGAUUCUGUACUGUGCGUCGUGGAACGACGCAAAGGCCACAGACGCUAAUUUAAGUUUGAUGAAAGAACUUUACGAUGUUGCGGAGCCGUACGUGUCAAGCAACCCGAGAGAAGCGUUCUUGAAUUACAGAGACAUGGAUAUUGGAAGCAAUCCGAGUGGAAAGACGAAUAUUAACAUUGAAGAAGCUAAGAUCUAUGGAUCGAAGUAUUUCUUAGGGAAUUUUAAAAGAUUGAUGGAAACUAAAACUAAGUAUGAUCCUGAUAAUUUCUUCAGGUACGAACAGAGUAUUCCUCCUAUUCAUGCAAUGUAA